UCACGAUAUUUUCGCCGGUUGGUCGGUGGUGUUUCUGUUAAUCAAUUACGCGGCAUAAUUUCUCGAAAUGGCGCAAAAUAAAUUCAACGAUCUGGCAUCGCGUUUUGGCAAGGGCACGAACGGCGUUCCUUUGAGCGUGAAGGUCCUCGCUGCUGCCGGCGUAGCGGUCUACAGCGUUUCCAAGGCCAUGUAUACAGUGGAGGCUGGACACAGAGCUAUUAUAUUCUCUAGAUUGGGAGGUAUUCAGAAGGAUAUUAUGACUGAAGGCUUACACUUUCGUAUUCCAUGGUUCCAUUAUCCGAUUAUUUACGAUAUUAGAAGUAGACCCAGGAAGAUCUCAUCGCCUACAGGAUCUAAGGAUUUACAGAUGGUCAACAUUUCACUACGUGUACUUUCGCGUCCUGAGGCUUCCACAUUGCCAAUAAUGUAUCGUCAACUUGGUCUGGACUAUGAUGAAAAGGUAUUGCCAAGCAUUUGUAAUGAGGUGCUGAAAUCCGUUGUUGCAAAAUUCAACGCUUCGCAACUGAUCACUCAAAGACAGCAAGUAUCCAAUAUGGUGCGCAAAGAGUUAACAGAGCGCGCUCGGGACUUCAAUAUUAUUCUGGACGAUGUCUCGAUAACGGAGCUUAGUUUCGGCAAGGAAUACACUGCUGCUGUUGAGGCUAAGCAAGUAGCUCAGCAAGAAGCCCAAAGAGCAGCUUUUGUAGUGGAAAGAGCCAAACAAGAGCGACAGCAAAAGAUUGUACAGGCCGAGGGAGAAGCGGAAGCAGCGAAAAUGCUUGGUAUAGCUGUUGGUCAGAAUCCUGGAUACUUGAAGCUGCGCAAGAUACGAGCUGCGCAAAACAUCUCUCGGACGAUCGCCGCCUCCCAGAACAGAGUGUAUCUCAGUGGCAACAGUCUGAUGCUGAAUAUACAAGAUCCAACCUUUGAUGAGAGUUCGGACAAGCUGAAAAGUCACGAAGGUGUGAGCUGGAAGAGUUGGGACGAGGCGACUGACCAUGCUGUUCGGAGCCUAAAUACCGGUUCUCAUCGAUCAUUGCCGUCGAGUAGUAGUAUCAAAUGGCUCGACGAGCUCGAAGUUCGGCCACGUGCGCUACAAAAUCCCGUCAUCCCCUUCCUACUGGAGUCUGCCGACGACAGUGCUAAACGGAUAGUACCGUGACGAUAAGAGAGAUACUGCGACGCGAGCAUAUCCUUCACCCGAUAAGAAUCCCACACCUUAACCGACCACCAUCCUCUCAUGGAACGCUGCUCUAUUUUUUUUUAAGUCUUCAUGACUGCGGCACAAGUAGAAUAAAUAGUAUAUAAUGGAUCGUGA